AUGUCACAUCCACCACUUGACGUAAUAUUUCGCAGCGUUGAUAGCGACAAGUCAGGUCAAAUAAGUGCCGAUGAACUGCAGCGGGCGCUUUCAAAUGGCACGUGGACUCCGUUUAAUCCAGAGACAUGCCGGCUCAUGAUAGCUAUGUUCGAUAGAAAUAAUGAUGGUGCGAUUAAUUUUUCGGAAUUCGCUGCACUUUGGGAUUAUAUAAAUCAGUGGACUCAAUGUUUUAGAUCAUUUGAUAGAGAUGCUUCGGGUAAUAUUGAUCAGAGUGAAUUGAGUGCUGCACUUCAUCAGUUUGGAUAUCGUUUAAGUCCACAAUUCAUCAAUAUUCUAAUGUUAAAAUUUGAUCGAACCCACACGCAUCGUGUUAACUUCGAUGAUUUUAUUCAGCUAUGCGUUGUACUACAAACAUUGACGGCAUCAUUCAGGGAAAAAGACACUGAUAGAGAUGGUUUUAUAACUGUCGGCUUUGAAGAAUAUCUAACUAUGGUAUUUUCUAGCAAAAUAUGA